CGGGAAGCCGUCACCAAUCGCCUUACGGCUAGUUCCAGCAUGGUUGCGAGGGGGGAAGCGUCUUAGUGUUCAGGAGGGGAGGGGGCGCCGCUCCCUCUGCUCGGCGUGGACUCCUCUGUCUCUCUCCUUCGCUCUCGUUUUUACUCAGCCCUUUCGCUCUCAUGCCGUUUUAUUUCAGGAGAGGCCGGAAAGGCCUGUUCAAACAUAUAGCUCAUGGCCUGGUCCCUGCAGCUACCGUAGCUCCUAAACCUGCCGUCCCCCGCACCCCUCCCCCUCGUAGUCCAAACCCUUCUCCAGAAAGGCCCAGGUCUGCUCUAGCAGCAGCUAUUCUUGUGACAACCUUAACUGGGCGAACUGUUGCCAUCCCUCAGCCUCGUCAGCGAUCUUUUUCUGAAAGUGAUGCCAGCUACUUGCAAGAUCAAGAAGACUGUAUUGAACCAUAUGCCACUGUCACUGAGCUCCGAAUGGGUCCAAACUGGAAGAGUGAUGGUGACGAAAGGAGUGCUGUACAAGCUUUGGAAGCAUCUGGGAGUUGUUGUGAGGAUGAGGACAUAGAUACAUAUACUUCUGACACAGAAAAAGAACCAGAUCCAGUCUGCCAGGUUAUUGAUAAAAAAGAAAGCAUUAGUCAUGAGGUUAUAUAUGCUAUGCCACAUAAAAUCAAACAGGAAAAUCUCCCAGUAUCUUCUAGUGCCAACGGUGAAGAAGAUUCUUCUAUCUGCGAACCAAGUUGUCUCAUUCAUCCAAACGUUCAGGUGGAAGAGAUUAAAUACCCUGGAGUGAAGUUUAAGGAACACAACUCAGCUGAAAAUCUCCUGAAUGAAAAACCUCCAUUAUCUUCAGAUGCAGUUCUCCACAGAAAGCAGGAACAGAUGGUUCUCCCUAGAGAGAAGUUCCAGAAAUUAAAAGAACAAAAUUGGUAUCUAAACAAUGCAAACCAGACCUUAUUUUCAGAACUUGAACAGUCAAAGCAGUUAAUGAAGGAACUCCAAUUAAAAAUUAAGCAACUGGAAAAAGAGAAUGGACAAUUUAAAGAAAAACAGAAUUCACACAAUGAAGAGGAAUGUGCAGAAUUGCUUUUGUUAAGACAACAAGCCCAGGAACUAGUGGAUGAAAAUGAUAGUUUGAAAAUGACUGUUCACCGUUUAAAUGCAGAACUGAGUCGUUAUCAAACCAAAUAUAGACCAAUUUCACCCAGUGAGAGUGUAAAGAUUGGAAGUCUGCCAAUGAAAAAGCCAAUACCCCCAUGGCUGCUUGACAUGAAAUAUUUAUCCCCUCUUCUGUUGGCAUAUGAAGACAAAAUGAAAGAAAAGGAAGACUUGAUUCUAGAGUAUGAGGAGAGCAUGAAGAUUUUUAAAGCACAAGUGGAAGAAGUAGUGAAGGAAAAUGAACAGUUGCACCACCAAUUAAGUAAAAAUACUAUUGGUACUUCUAUUAGUACCAAAGAAUGGCAACAUUUGCAAAGCCAAGCCAAACUUGUCUUAGAGGAGAAUACAGUAUUAAUGGAGCAGCUUAAAAUACAAGAAACCAAAAUAAAAGACACCAUCAACCAACAUGUUAAAGAAGUUUCCAAACUGACCAAACAGCUUAUUAUUUUGGAAACUGAAAAACAAAACCAAGAAGUGGAGAUGAAAGAUUGUCAGAAAAAGCUGGAAGAAUUACGCUGUGCAUACAAAAAAUUAAAGGCCAGUGUUAGCAGCUAUGUAACAGCAGAGGAACACAUUGCACUGGAAAAUAAAUUUAAAAACCAAUUGCAGAUGGAACAGGAAAAGAGAGAGAUGGAGACACAGGAGCUAAUGAAAAAACUAGCCUCUGUUCAAGCAGAAGCAAAGGGCCUUCUCCUACAGAAAAAUGACCUGGUGGCAGAAAACAAGGUUCUAGAAGCUGAGCUGGAAAAUGCACAGAAGAUUAAAAGGCGAUCACAGAAGAAGAUAGGUCUUCUGAAGCAUCACUUGGAAGAAUCAAUGGAAAAGGAGAUGGCUGCACACCAGUACCUAGUAAAUAUGAUCAGCUUGGCAGAAAGUAUAACUCAAGAACGUGAUCAACUUUUAAACCUGGCCAGUUCCUUGGAGAAAGAAAAGCACGGCGUUCUCAACAAAAUAAUAGAAGGAAAUGUGCGUCUAGGAAGAUUAGAAGAGAAAGUAAAGGUGUAUAAAAAGACAGCUGCUGGCAAGCUUGGGGACAUCAGCCUCAAAGUGACAGAGCAAGAGAAGGAAUUUGCGGGGAAGACUGCUCAGUACCAACGGGAAAUGAAACACCUCCAGCGGCUGCUGCAAGAGAAGCAGGAAACCCUUGAUGAAGCUCUGCAGCAGAAGAGAGAAAUUGAAGGUGAACUUGAAAUAAUUUGGGAAUCGACCACCAAAGAAAGCAAGAGGAUGAAGGAACUUUUGCAUAAGUCUCUGGAGAAGAAUACACAGAGUUCUGUCAAUGUUCAUGAAUCACAGUUAACUGACAUGUCUCAGAAACUCCUGCUGGGUAAAUACGGUUUUAGCUACUGCGAUGUGGAGCUGUCCUCGCCACCUAAAACUCCGAAUCAACAGGAACCUAAAUAUUAAGGAAACAGAUUCUCUGCUUCCUCCAGGGCAAAAUAGGAUUGAGAGAAGCAAACAUAAAGGGCAACCUGGAACCUAGUCAGAAGCAAAGUAUGAUUUACCAGUUGGGUUUAGAAGUCUGCGUGGCUCUGAUUUUCAUUGUGUGAUAAGGAAUAUUACCUCUAGACCCUUCAAAGCCCAGAGAAUCAUCUUUCAUUCUAAAAAGGAGGUUUUCAGCCUUUAUGAUUACGAAGAAAAUAUAGAUGCAGUACUUCAAAAAGGAAAAGGUAUCUGAAUAAGGCUUCUAAUCAAUAGACAGGGCAGAUUCUGCUUUCAGCACCAACUCUGCAUCGCUUGGUGCUUCUGGAUGGCUAUUUUACCUAGUUGCAAUUCUCUGAACACCUUCCAAGAAUAAGCCCCAUUAAAUAUAGAUAUUUAAUGGAAGCCAGAGUUGAAUGGUAUUGUUAGUGAUGGUACAAUCAAUGUGACCAUUAUUUUUGUAAUGUUACUUUCGAUGUUUUUGUCCUCUGGAAUGGGUAGCAACCAAUACUUCUGUGUAUCGCAGAUGGAAUUGUAGGUAUCUUACAAUCUGGAAAGAAGCUUUUCUAGAUUGUCUUUCUCAGGAAAGGAGAUUAACUCCUUUCCACAGUCUGAAAAAACUAAUUAAAAUAGAGUAUGCAAAUUAUGGGGGAUAUUUGAAAUUUGCGUAUUUUAUUUCUACCAGUUUUCAGAACAUGGCGUCUGGAAUGCCCCCACCUGCAUUUGAUGAAAUGAACUGCAGCUCAGGAAAGCUGCUGCCUUUUAAUAAAAUGUGUUGGCCUAAAAAGGUGCUACCAGAUUCCCCUGAUUCUUGGCUAUCGUAGACUAACGAAGGUUUCCUCCUACAAUGUCCACCUUCUCCAAGUAACAUUUCAUUGAUGCAACCUACAAUCCAUGUUUGUGUGUUUGUAUAAAUGAAAUAAAAUUCAUCAAUGUUGUCAAUAAGCCAUUUAGAUACUUAAACCAAAGAAAAAGGGGACUCAUUCGAAUUGCCCUUACAUAACUCUUUGCACUAUUUAUUAAGCAACUGCAGAUUGGGAGCUGAAAUGGCUGAACUGAGUUUUGAUUUAGCUGAGCUUUUAUAAAGAUAUGGACAAAAAGAAAUGAGUAUGUAAUAUCUGGUCCUUUAUUGAAGAGCUUAAUAGAAUUUCCUGUAUUGUGAAGGUAUGCGUCAUUUCCGCUGGAGACAAUGAAGAUUUAGUUGAUUAUUUUCUUUUUACUUUUCUUUUUUGUAUAAAGUAUGCUUAGAAAUAAAGAAUUGAAAAGUAUAUGCAAUCUAAAGGAAGAACAUGUAACUGUAGAGCAAUAUAGCUACAGUAAUUAGGAGGAAAGAAGGAUAUUUUGAAAUUGAAAGUCUAUAUUUACAAUUCUUUGUAUAUCAUGGGUGGAUUCUGGAGGCAAUUAAAGUAGCCACUGAUAUUUUGAAUGUGUCAAUUACAUAGCUAGGUCAGAUCUAUUUAGAUUUCCAUCAGAAUUGUUAUAUUUCAGGGAUUCUCCUAACAAAAGACAAUCAAAGUGGUUAGUAAAUGUGCAAAACAGGUUGACAAUAUUUAUAUUUUACAAAUGCACAAUACUUAGGUAAAUUGUUUUUUAAACAUUCAGUGUUUUUUAUUAUUGAUAUUAUUGAUAAACUGUUGAAAGCAAUAACUCAUUCCCAGUCUUUUGUAAAUCAUCCAAAUGUCUACUAGUAAUUCCAGGUUUGCCUUCUUUCUAUCCUUUUGUAACAUAUUUCUGCCCUUCAAGUUUAUCAAAUAAUCAACCAUUAUCCAAUAUGAUGAAAAAGAUCAGGGUUUCUGUAGAGAUUUGAAAGGUUGGCUACAAUGCUCCAUGCUCUAGUUCAGUGUUUCUCAACCUUGGCAACUUUAAGACGUGUGGACAUCAACUCCCA